AAUCCGAUCUUAUAAGUAAAUCAAAGUAAAAAAGUGCAGUUUUACCUAAAGUAGCCUGUAUCGAGAUAUAAACAAAAAAAAGUCGACGAGGAAACAUCCUGCGAGAAGAGGAUCCUGCGACGAUCGAGAUAAAGAUCUCGCGCGGGUAUCGGAAAAGCGUGAACGGCACUGAGCUUUGGGUGGCAGUUGGAAGAGGGGGCCUCGUGUUUCCCACCUCCGGUCGGUAGAAAAUCGAAGACGUGUCGAAACUACCAUGAGCGAGGGCACGCCGAAGUCGCAGAUCAAGAUCGUCGUGCCCGAUGGUUCGCCAGCACGUCCGCAAGCUGGCGAUGGAGGCGGCGCAGGCGGAGAUGGCGAUCCCAUUGUCAGCACCAAUUCCGAGAAGAAGUCAGGAUAUGAGACCAAUCUGUAUCUCUACAGUGAGGAGAUGGAGGAUCGGCCGCGAAUUUCGACGUUGCUCAACAGCUUGGCGAACUACAGCAACACCAUCCCUGCCGCGACUGACCCGGAUAAACCGGCCCCGGCCGCGGGAGGCGGAGCACGAAUGGGUACCCUCAUAGGUGUUUACUUGCCAUGUAUCCAGAACAUCUUUGGUGUGAUCCUCUUUAUCCGACUGACAUGGGUAGUCGGUACAGCCGGUGCUAUUCAGGGUUUCUGCAUAGUGCUCUGUUGCUGUUGCGUUACGAUGCUGACGGCGAUCAGUAUGAGUGCCAUCGCUACUAAUGGUGUGGUGCCGGCCGGUGGUUCCUACUUUAUGAUCUCGAGGAGCUUAGGCCCGGAAUUCGGCGGCGCGGUGGGUAUGUUGUUUUAUACUGGCACCACCUUGGCCGCCGCCAUGUACAUCAUCGGUGCCGUCGAGAUCGUCCUCACUUACAUGGCGCCGUCACUCAGCAUAUUCGGCGACUUCACGAAAGACGCCAGCAUUAUGUACAACAACUUCCGUGUAUACGGUUCCGUCUUGCUGAUGAUAAUGGGCACGAUUGUCUUCGUGGGUGUGAAGUUCGUUAACAAGUUCGCCACCGUCGCACUGGCCUGCGUCAUUUUAUCCAUCUUCGCUGUUUACGUGGGACUCUUCGUAAACUUUAACGGCAACGAGUCUCUAAAAUUAUGCCUGCUCGGCAGAAGGCUAUUAAAGGACAUCAACGUUUUCACCGAUUGCAAUAAAAAUUUCAACGGUGCUUUGCAUAAUAUUUACUGCAAUGGCACGAAGUGCGAUUCGUAUUAUCUCGAGAACAAUAUUACCAUCGCCAACGGUAUCCGUGGCUUGGCGAGCGGCGUGUUCCUAGAGAACAUAUGGGAUAGUUUCCAAGAACAGGGUCAAUUAAUCGCUCACGGAUACAACCCGAAGGACAUCGAUGUCCUGUCAGGAUCGAGCUACAACCAGAUCCAGGUCGAUCUUACCACGACCUUUACUAUUCUCAUCGGCAUAUUUUUCCCUUCCGUGACGGGUAUUAUGGCGGGCUCUAACCGAUCCGGUGAUCUGGCUGACGCUCAGAAAUCCAUUCCGAUCGGAACGAUCUGCGCGAUCUUGACGACCUCCAUCGUCUAUCUGUCCAGCGUUCUCCUAUUUGCCGGGACUGUUGAUAAUCUGCUGCUACGUGACAAGUUCGGUCAGAGUAUUGGCGGCAAGCUGGUGGUGGCAAAUAUGGCGUGGCCGAAUCAGUGGGUGAUCCUGAUCGGUUCGUUUCUGUCCACCUUGGGUGCCGGCCUGCAAUCUUUGACAGGAGCACCGCGAUUACUACAAGCAAUCGCCAAGGACGGCAUCAUUCCCUUCCUGAAGCCAUUCGCUACCAGUUCCAGUCGAGGCGAACCUACUCGUGCUUUGAUACUUACUGUGGGAAUUUGCCAGUGCGGUAUCCUACUUGGCAAUGUGGACUACCUGGCACCACUGUUAUCCAUGUUCUUCCUCAUGUGCUACGGCUUUGUCAACCUUGCUUGUGCGCUGCAGACCCUGCUGCGUACGCCAAAUUGGCGGCCACGCUUCAAAUAUUAUCAUUGGAGCCUGUCAUUCCUCGGCCUGUCGCUUUGCAUCGCUAUCAUGUUUAUGACUAGCUGGUACUACGCAUUGCUAGCGAUGGGUAUGGCUGGCUGCAUCUAUAAGUAUAUCGAAUAUCGCGGUGCCGAGAAAGAAUGGGGUGACGGUAUUCGCGGUCUGGCGUUAUCCGCUGCCAGGUACUCGCUGCUCAGGCUCGAAGAGGGUCCACCACACACGAAGAACUGGCGUCCACAGAUCCUGAUCCUCGCCAAACUUACCGAUGACUUGGUGCCUAAAUAUCGCAAGCUCUUCGCAUUCGCUAGUCAGCUUAAAGCUGGUAAAGGUCUCACCAUUAGCGUCAGCUGUAUCGCCGGUGACUAUACACAGAACUCGGGUGAAGCACUAGCGGCCAAGCAGAGCCUGAAGAAAACUGCGGCGGAAGAAAGAGUGAAGGGCUUCGUCGAUGUUCUCGUUGCGAAAAAUGUUGUUGAAGGACUGAGCUCAUUAAUACAAAACACUGGACUUGGCGGGCUAAAACCGAAUACAGUGAUAUUGGGUUGGCCUUAUGGUUGGCGCCAGGACGUCGCAGCCGCGAAGAUGGCAUUGCUAGUGCCCAAAGGCAUAAACUUUUUCCCGGACUCUAGCGAGAAGAUAAUCGGCAACAUUGACGUCUGGUGGAUCGUGCAUGAUGGCGGCCUAUUAAUGCUACUGCCAUUCUUACUGAAGCAACAUCGUACCUGGAAGAACUGUAAGAUGAGGAUCUUUACGGUCGCGCAAAUGGAGGACAACUCAAUACAGAUGAAGAAGGAUUUAAAGAAGUUCUUGUACGACCUGAGAAUCGAGGCGGAAGUCGAGAUUGUCGAAAUGACGAACACGGACAUCUCCGCGUACACAUAUGAACGCACUUUGAUUAUGGAGCAAAGAAAUCAGAUGCUACGCGAGUUGCAACUGAACAAGAAGCAGUCAUUAGGAGUGGUGCAGGGAUUGGUGGACUUCAACGAGGUACCCGCCGAGGAAAAAUUACCUCUGGUACAGGCGAUCGUAGAUCAUCACCACAACGUGGAUGCCAAAGUGCCAACGAAAGUGAGAUUCCAAGAGCCGGGCAACCAGAGUACAAACAUAACCGACGACACGAAGCUGAUGCAGGAAACCGAAUUAAAUAACAAGGAGGACGCUGCCGAGGAGGCAAACGAGAAUGAUGAAGCUAAAGAAAAUAACGAAGAGACAAAGCUGAUUGGCGGCUCGCCCAAAGCGGAGAAUAAAGAGAAUACGGAGAAGGAAGCGAAAGAGGCGGAAGCGAAAGAGGAAGAAAACGACGCGCAGGAAAACAAAAACCAAAGUCCGGAGAUUAAAAAACCUACAAUUACACCUGACGAGGGUGACGUGAGACGUAUGCAUACUUCGUUGAAGCUGAACGAAGUAAUUCGUAAAAUGAGUAGCGAGGCUCAACUGGUUAUCCUGAAUCUUCCCGGACCGCCACGGGACACGAAGAUGGAGCGUGAAUCUAAUUAUAUGGAAUUCCUCGAGGUGCUCACCGAAGGCUUAGAAAGGGUACUAAUGGUGCGGGGUAGCGGACGGGAGGUGAUCACCAUCUACUCGUGAACUAAAGCGACGGGAAUUAAUGCCGUUGUCUUGCGGAAGCAGAGCUCUAGUUUACUUCUCAGUGACCUAAACGACACUACCUUAAGGAACAUACUACUCUUGUGCCAUUGUCUGCGGCAGUCACUUGCGCCGCGCACUCUGAAAGUCGUUAAGGAGAAGAGAAUGACGACGACGACGAUCGUUCAUAUCGGACAUGAAAAACGAAGUUUUACUGAAGCUGACUUAUUAUAUGGACCGCGAUGAUCAUUCGUUAUCCAAUGAUGAAGCCAAACGCGAUGAUGCCAAAGGAUAGGUUUUUCUUUGAAUGAAUUUUUGAGCGUAGAAUGUGCGAGUUUAUGUGUCAGGUAUGUACGCGUCAGAAGGGGGUCGCAUACGGCAGCGAGGGCUGCUCAGAUUCGAAUUCGACAACCUGUCGAGCUCGACCGAGCUCGUCGGACAGAGCGCACUUCUCAGAAAAAUCGCUGGUACCAAAAAAAAAAAACUGUAGCUCAAUGAGACAAGUCCCGAGUAAAACGUCACUUCGAUUCAAUUUCUCGCAACUGUUAAAAACCACGUCUAAAACGAAGAAAAGAAUAAAAGUAAGAAAAUGGCAAAGAAAAAGGGGGGAAAAAUCAAAAUUUGGUCCGAGGCUAAGGUCGAAGCAUCUACGAAACCACUGCCAGACUACUUUCUAAAUGCUUCGCGUUUAACCAAAGACGCGAGAGGCUCAUUUUUCUACAUGCAUUGUCGUUAAUAGG